AUGGUUGUUAAGACAUUCGAUCUCCAGGCGAAGUCCAAGGCUGACCUCGUCAAGCAACUCGAGGAGCUCAAGACCGAGCUGCUCAACCUUCGUGUCCAGAAGGUUGCUGGCGGUUCGUCGAGCAAGAUCCUCCGCAUCAACUCUUUGCGCAAGGACAUCGCUCGUGUUCUUACUGUCAUGAACCAGAAGCAGCGUGCCAACCUUCGCGAGUUCUACAAGGGCAAGAAGCACCUUCCCCUUGACCUUCGCUCUAAGAAGACCCGUGCUAUCCGCCGCAAGCUCAACCAGGAGAUUGAAGUAGACAGCAAAUAG